GUUUUUGAUCAGCAAGAACAUCAUCUUCAUGAUCUGGGUGGGGGACUACAAGAACCUGGCACAGAAACUGCAGCUGCUGCUGGUCCUCACACGAAGACCCUUCGAGACUAUGGAUCGCAAAUUUGUCUGGGUCUGGAAGGUUGCAACUUGUGAUGCUGCAUUUGGAUACUACAAAAUUCUGUAUUGCAUGAACAGCAAAAGAGCUCGAGUUUAUGCCACGGCGAGAGGGCAUUUCUCAUGCGGUAUAGGCAUGAGGAAACCCUCACAGAAUCUGCGAUGCUACGGCAUGCAUAACAGACGUCAGGAGUCAUGCAAACUGUGCAUGACAAACCUUGCGUCCUUCCAGACCCAGACACAUUUGCAUUUGAUAGAGACGAGGACGAAACCAUUCAUCUCGUCGACGAGGAUAUCCCACGAAAAAACUGUUUCACUGUGAUGGUUUUGCAAGAUCCGCAUCACAAGAUUGCUACACAUGACACAGAAAAUUUGCCAUGCGCGCUUUCCAAGGUGAAACACGCUUAAAAAUUGACUGCCUUGCAGGUGUAGCAACACAAAUAGUUCUGUGUUCCAUUCUAUGCAUGACAAGUUCACAGUGAAACAGUUUUUUCUUGCGAUAGAGGACACACAAGCAGAUAAUGUUGACAAAGGACGACACGAAGUAGAAUCUCAGCAUCAAGGCCUGCCUAACCUCCGUUUGCUGGACCACUUUCCGCUGUUCGAAUUCGACUAUGAGAGGGCACAACUCGACGUCCCUCUUCUCGUGAUUUGUAAGGUCAUGCAGAGCAAUACAAGCAGCGGCAGAUGAUGAAAUAUAGCUUCCGCAAGACAACUUUACGUGCAGAGUGUACACUGUUUAAGCUUCGGAAACUUGUCAUGCAGACAGUGCUCGGGGGCACGAGGUGGCUUUGAGCUUUUUGCAUUACAAAUGAGGGGGAGCAGGGGGGUUUUGCGCUCGCAUAUCGACCUCCGGCAGUUCAAAACGGACACCCGAGACGCGAUCGCCGCGUUUGAAAAGGCGAUCCACAAACGGGUGAAAACCUCCCUCCAUCUAUCCUGUGUAAAAACUACGUGCCCACCCCAGAGUCAAGAAGGGAAUUCUGCAACACAGAUCCAGAAGUUUUGGGAGUCACGCAUGACAAGUUUUUUUUCAUUACUGUAAUGCGGGUUAGCAAGGUCAACUGCAUCACAAAGCCUUGGUAGUAUCCUGUUUACAGCAUCACAAAUUGCAUAACACCAUUGAAAAUGCCCCUCGUGGGGAUGCGCAUUACAAGUUUUCCUGUGAUUGUAAUUCUGCAUGACAACUCAAACUCUGGGGUGGGGACGUUUUUACACAGGAUACCAUCCCCCCUUCCUCGGACUCUCCUCCGGCUACGACGCGGGCGCGAUUCACCUGGCCCUGACGAAGAACAGCAUUCCGCAC